UUUAAGUGCUGCUCGGCAGUUCACUCUGCUAACAGCCGCUUCAGGGGAAGGACGAGGACAGGAGGGAAACACGGAGCCCGUUCGUGAUUAGAAAGCUCACUCUUCGGACGGAGAUGGCUGCAAUCAGGAAGAAGUUGGUGAUAGUUGGUGAUGGUGCCUGUGGGAAGACCUGCCUGCUCAUCGUCUUCAGUAAGGACCAGUUCCCGGAGGUCUACGUCCCCACUGUGUUUGAGAACUACAUCGCCGACAUUGAAGUUGAUGGCAAGCAGGUGGAGUUAGCAUUGUGGGAUACAGCAGGCCAGGAAGACUAUGACAGACUGAGACCACUUUCCUACCCUGACACAGAUGUUAUCCUCAUGUGCUUCUCCAUAGACAGCCCCGACAGUUUAGAGAACAUUCCCGAGAAAUGGACACCUGAAGUGAAACACUUUUGCCCCAAUGUCCCGAUCAUCCUGGUGGGCAACAAGAAGGACCUUAGGAACGAUGAACACACACGCAGGGAGCUGGUCAAGAUGAAACAGGAGCCGGUGAAGUCUGAGGAGGGCAGAGACAUGGCCAACCGCAUCAGUGCCUUUGGCUACCUGGAGUGCUCAGCCAAGACCAAGGACGGUGUGCGGGAUGUGUUUGAGAUGGCCACCAGAGCAGCACUGCAGGUCCGCAAGCGCAAGAAGAGGGGCGUCUGCCAGCUACUGUGAAGGGGCUGAGUGUGUCGGCCAAUCAGAAGCUGAAGGAGGAUUCCCCCCGACCCACGGAGCAAACUUGGAGAAACUUUAAAUCAAUGGCUUCCAUGGACUACACUUAACUUCACAGACGCAGAUAAGUCAUAGGCAAGUAUGAAAGACUGACACACCUGUUUAAAAGCAAAACAAAUCAGCCUUUUUUAGAACGGUUUCCUCUGCAACUCACAUUCUGUUAUUGCUUAUUUCCUGUUUGGUUUUCCUCCACCAGCACACCCGUCAGUUUGUGUGAAGGAUUGCCUCCUUCCUUCUAUAUGUAUGGAUGUUUGUUUGUAUUUAUAUGUGCAUAUACUUUACAGAUAUGUCUGCUUCUGUAUUAUGAUUGUUUACAGAGAAGAGCCUGUGGCCUACAUGGCCCCUGACUGUCUUUCUCUCAGCUCUGGCUAGCAGACAAUUUUAAAAGUGCUGCUUCCCCUGCUUCUCUUGGUCUCUUUUUUAUACAUCAGCUUCAGUCCCAAUCUGUCAUCUGUUUCUUAUACCACUAUUAAUUUUACACCCUGAAAUUUCUAUUUCACCAAGUGCUGUGUCAGCAAAGCUCUGUUUUCCACAGCUUUCUCUUCUGACACAAAGGACUAAAUUUAGAGUCUGUUCGCACUGCAUUAAUCCACUGAAACCUACAUAAACUGAAGCACCAGUGACUAUUUGCAUGGAGAGGUUCUGGACUGUACCUCGAUCUGUCUCUUCCAUGGCGAUGGCUUAAACUGGCACUGGAGACAGUGGUCUAUUGUCUUAGACACAAUACUGGUAGUCACGCUCACACAGGCUCUGGCAGACGUCACCAAUGCCUUCCCCCAGUGAGUUCUGUCUCCUGUCUGAACUCUGUACUGUUUCACAUCCAGUAUACAGUGUUCACGCAACACUGUGUACUGGAUUUACCGAGGACGAAUGCACACUGUAAUCUACCAGUUUCUGGAUGCACACUGUAUACAAUCAUAUUUAUAUGACAUAAUAUGGGAUUAUCAUGCACAAAAAUUCUAACUAAAUACCCAAAUGUCAACUAGAUCUGCAGCUGAGCUUAGCCACUACCGGUGUACCAUCUCUUCAGUUUAGCUCAUCAACAUUAGAAGUGUUGGCCGUUUGAAAUUAGAGCUUUGUUGGUGUGUCGUAGCCCUUUAUGACACUAAAGUGACAUUCCUAAAAAUGUGAGUGAACAAAGAAAGGAUAUGACUGUGUAGCUAAUGUCUGGUUAAAAUGUUGUUCUUGAGUUGACUUUAUCAAUUAGUGAAAUGGGUCCAAAUAGUAUGAAGAGAGGGCGUGUCUGUCUGGGAAUAACCGAAGAUUGCCUGUAAUUUGAAUUGGUAAAUUUUGAAGUGUUUACACCAAUGCAUCAUUUGUGACAUUUUACAGCAGAUUUUGAAGAAAAAAAGCAGAAUUGUUAUUAAAAAGCCAGAGAGCCUACUUUGUGAGUUUCUCCAGACAUGUGUUGUCAUAACUGACAGGAUCAUAAAACCACCUCCUCUCCAAACAUGCAGCCCUCUGAGUGUGUACUUGGUGUGUACUUUUCUAUCACAGUUAAAGCAAAGAGAUGCAGUGUAGUCUGUGUCCAGUCCUGUCCAGAGAGCGCCCUGAACACUCUGUAUGCGAGUGUUUUUAGCGGCCCCUACAUUGAUUUCACCACCGUCACAACGUGCAACUGUGGUGAUCUUAAUUUUAUCCAGUACCUUCAGAUCAGCAGGUCAGAAUGUAGUCGGCCUGGGCUGAUAUCUGGACAGUGCCUCUGUAUUAAAUGUCAAACCUCAUAAUUGAAGAGAAAAUGUUGAUUGUGACGAUGCUUUACAAACAGGGGUGGGAUGUGUUGAAUGUCUGGAUGAGACAAACAUGUUAAUAAAGUAUUUUUGAAAUACUACACAAA